GCCGCCGUUGCGCGCAGCCGCCGCCGCCGCGCCUGGAUGGAUGGAGCGUUCCCACGAGCCACGGAGGCUCCGCUAUGUUUUUGAUUCGCAGCUCCGCUGAACUCCCACACCCGGCCGCUUCUCGCCUCCAGCCUCUCCCAUGGGCUCGCCAGUAUCGUUUGUUUUAUCCAGGAUGGCCGCUUGUGGAGGCACCACCAAAAACCGGCUCACGGUAAACAAACACGUCUGGGACUUCCUGACCAAGGAAAGCUCUGCCAAACUGGUCAAGCUGAAGGAAGAGAACAAGGUCAGCAUCUUGAUCGAUGGCGAGACUUCGGAGAUCUACGUCCUGCAGAUCACGAUGCCUGCCCACGGGCCCAGCAACGGCCUCUAUCUGGCCCGCAAGGCUCUUAAGGCCCUGCUCAAGGAAACUGAGAAAGAGCUCAAGAAGGCCCAGCGCCAAAGCGAGCUGAUGGGCUGCAUGGCCUUGAUGGAGAAGAACCGGGAGCACGGGACAGUAGAGUUGCACCGCCGAGGGGCUGCCUUGAUAUCUAGAGGGCAGCAGACCUCCGGGCCAAGAGUGGUCAGUGGCGGCAGCGGAGGGGUCGCUAGCUGCUCACGGGGAGGGGAGGAGGAGCAGGACAGCCAGUGCCCCAUCUGUUUGGGGGAGAUCCAGAACAUUAAGACGCUGGAGAAGUGCAAGCACUCCUUCUGCGAGGACUGCAUCACUCGAGCGCUGCAAGUCAAGAAAGCCUGCCCAAUGUGCGGACGCUUCUAUGGGCAACUGGUGGGCAACCAGCCUGAGAAUGGGCGCAUGCUGGUCUCCAAGGACUCAAGUCUCCUGCUCCCUGGUUAUGAGAAAUACGGCACCAUCAUCAUCCAGUAUGUCUUCCCACCAGGGAUACAAGGAGUGGAGCACCCCAAUCCCGGAGUACGCUACCCUGGCACCACCCGCGUCGCUUACCUGCCCGACUGCCCCGAAGGCAACAAGGUGCUGGCGUUGUUCCGCAAGGCCUUUGACCAACGUCUCACCUUCACCAUCGGCACCUCCAUGACCACCGGCCGCGCCAACGUCAUCACCUGGAAUGAUAUCCACCACAAAACCAACUGCAGUGGCGGGCCCCAGCUAUUUGGCUAUCCGGAUCCUACGUAUCUUGCUCGGGUGCAAGAAGAGCUGCGGGCCAAGGGCAUCACCAAUGACUGAUCUUGUUCCUUGCUGCCCUGUGUCCGACAAUGACACCUUCAUUUCUGCCGGGUCCAGCCGUUCAUGGUGGGAGCUGCGGCCAUCCAUUGAAGCCACGUGUCUCGUGGUUUGUUCUUGAUCCUAGGGUGGGGUGGGUGAGUGGGCAGAGCCUGGGCACCCUGGCUGAGAACACAUUUUGAUUGCAACGGGUUGCUUGAGAUAGGGGGCAUGGAGGCAGAUGGCGGAGGGGCACGUGCGCUUGGAAAGUUGUAUGAUUGACUGAAACCGGAGCCUUUUAGCAGAAGGCAGUGCUGGUAUUCUGGACUGUACCACUUCAGCCAGUUUGCUUGGGGGAGUCCUCAGAUUUGAAAUUUUGAAUUCUACCUUUAAAAAACAACAGGCCUCCCUAGGUGCAAGGACUUAGCAUAUCAGGCACAGAGGGCUUUUUGUGCUGUACUUGGUAGCUGGCGGGGAGGGGGGCAUUAAAAAAGGUAUCUUCCCCCACCUGCAGUCUGAAGUCAUAUAGUCCAAUUUGCAUGACUAGAGAGGCUCGUGGUCAGCUGGGAAGAGGUCAGGCUUUUUUAAAAAAACUGCACAUAGAAAUGUCUGGUUGUGGCUUUGUCAGAGGAACUGAUGUGUGUGUGUGUGUGUGUGUGUGAAAGAGAAAGAACAGAUUAAGGAAGUAGCAUUUCUGUGUGUCUUUUUAAUCUCUCAUUCUCGUGGCAGUCCUUGGUGGAGAGGGCGGGUGGUAGAUCAGCAAUAUUCCUGUUCUGCAGAUGAGGGUGAAACUGUGGCUCACACCCAGGGCCAGUCCCUCCUGGCCUAACCCACCUUUCAGGGUUGUUGUGUAUGCUGCCCUGAGAUCUUUGGUGGAGCUUCUCCAUUCUUACUGGCCCUGAAAACCCAGUCCUUUUCUUCCUGCUCAUUCUCCCAUUCCCUUAUUCCAAACACCUUGGAAACUAGAAUCGGAAUAAAAUUAAGCCAGCUGUAUUUACAAAAUUUCUUCAGUCUCUCACAGCUGUACAAAAUAGGCUUCCCGUGAUGAAAGACUUGUACUGCAGAAGGAUUUGGUGUAAAGUUGGUGGGAGACGGGAAGUGGGAUGGUAGAGUGGCUUUGAGCUGGCCGUAUAGGGAGAAGUAGGAGAGUGCGUGUGUGUGUGUGAGAGAGAGUUGCAUAUAAUUGUUUUUAAACCAGUGUAGCUAGCCUCUUAGCUCACUGCCCUCCCUGCCCCCUUGCUGCUCACUGGAAUUGGCCAGGCAUCUGGCGUCUUGCUCUCCACCCAGUGCUGUUCAUCUAUAGGAUCAGCAUCAAGCCUGACUUUGAACUUUCCAAGGACAUUUGAUGAUACCCUUCGUGUCAGAUAGGAGGACAGCGGCUUCUCAGCUCUGGGCACAGACGACAUACCCGGCCAUCUCUGGCAAGAGCGAUUAACCACCUCGCCCCAUGGACCAUGCCUUGUGUACAUAUCUUCUGCUCUGGCAUCUUGGCUCUCCUGUAAUUAUUCCAGCCAAGUCCUGUUUGGAUAAAACCUGGAACUUAACCAGGCCUGCCUGAACUCUAUGGCUGGUCUGGUCUGUAUACUCUUGGACUCUGGCUGGUCUGUAUACUCUUGGACUCUGGCACAUACCUGUUGUUGAGUGUUUGGGGGGAGGGAAGGGUGGGGGGGGGUCUCUUGGCUAACUGUGAGCUAUUGCCUCUGGCAGGGAUGGAUUAUGACGUUCUGUCUAUCUCGCAGUGGUGGGAGCUCCCCUUGGAUGCACAGAACAGAUAAUGGGGCUUUGCUGUUUU